UAAAUUCCAGACUUUCACUACAUAUACGAAGACGACGGCGACGGUAGCAUGCCCGUUAUAACAUUGGAAGUCCUCUCAGAUUCCUCGAAUGCUGAACAUUACAUUCAAACUAUAAAUAACAAUUUGACUGAUGAUACCAGCACUGUAGAUAAUGCAACACAGGACAGUACGCCCGGUGUGCACUUUUUGACAGAAAAGACCGAGGAUGUGAUGCCUAAGCUUGAACAAGAAAACAAAGAUCCGGAUGCCAAAGAAACACCCAAAGCUAGAAACGACUUAUUGGAAUAUUUCAUGAGGAACGAUGGAAGUGUCGUGUGCAAGCUGUGUGGGGAGAUCCUGCAGAGUAGAACACAUUGGUAUCGCCAUAAAUACAAACUCCAUGUUAUACAUCCACUCAACCCUGCCCCGCUGUUUCAGUGUGAACAGUGUCUUGUAUACUUUAAGAGCAGAAAAGGAUACAUAGGGCACUUGGCCAGUCGUCAUAGCGAAACUUUAUCGGAUUCCAGUCCAGUGCUGACGAAUUCACAAGCAGAAGCUCUUGCAAAAGAACGGGUCACUCAACAGCCGCUCCACGAAGUGAAAGAAGAACCGGAUCCCGAAAUGUCUAUACCGAAAACAAGCGUGCCUAACUACCAAACAACAGUUGUUAAACAGACAAAAAGUGGGGAAGUAAAGAAGACGUGUCGAGGCAGCAAUCGAGAAACCCAAGGAUCAGACCAAUCAAGCAAGACUGACUGGCAGGAGAAGCGAUCACGUGAAGAAAAACUGGUUGCAGAUAUAAUCGAUAGAGUGCGAAGGGAGUGCGAGGCCCAAGGGUCUGGGGGUGCAACCAGGCGUGGUUAUACGCGAAGAACUACCGUUAUGAACACUUAAACGAGAGAGAAAGACCACGGUGAUUCAAAGUUCCUUCUAUGUCAGAAUUCAACAGCUUGCAUUGUCCGACAACAUUAAAAACGGCUAUGGUUGUGAAGAUAAUUUGGUCAAAAUGUGUUAAUAAAAACUGACCAAUCAAAUUGAUCAGUAGGUAUUAGUGUCCGGCUAUUACGAUUUAAUAAAAGGUACAACUGGCACCACAUAGGUACUGUACACGACAUGUGGUGUAUGAAUGGUAGGAUGCAAGCAUGAAAUCGACAUUAUUGUUUUGAUUGAAUAAUUAUGAAAUUUUAUCUCAAUGAGAUAAGGCCUAAUUCACGGUCUCAGUAAUGUGCUCAUUUUCGUGCCAAUGUAAAAUGUAAAUAAUAAUGCAACGUGCCAAUCAUUAUCGAAAUUAAGGUGCCAAAGUCCAAAUACAUUGUGUACAUAUAGUUUGUAAGAAAAUUUUGGUCUAUUUGUAACAAAUGUCUGGAUCUUUAUGUAGUCCAAUAUUAUUAUAUGUAUAUUUAUUAUAAUAUAGUUUCUUAAAUACAAAUAAGUUUCUCAAUAUCUGAAAAUAGUAUUUUAGAAACUGACCUAUUCCUUCCUAUCUUUUUACUGACAAGUCCAUUUACCGUCCCUUUCUAAAAGCAGUGAUUUAUGGAAAAUCACGGAAAUCUUUUGUUUAUUCAUACUAACUAACUUGCGCUGACUACUAUUAUUCCUAGUUAGUACUUUAAAUAUCAAAAGCAA